GUCAUGGAUCCGAGUAUCCGUGCUCUGGAGCUGCUGGGGGUGUUGUUCUCAGGGGGGGCCUGGCUCUGCUCGCUGGCCACCACCCUGAUGUCCACCUGGCUCACGCUCUCCACAGACCUGCUCACCACAGAGACUUAUGAGCUGGGGCUGUGGGGGACCUGCGUGGUGCAGGAGCUGGGGGUGCAGGAGUGCCGGCCGUACAACAGCAUGCUCGGUCUGCCUCCGGACAUCAUGCUGGCCCGGAUCCUCAUGUGCGUGACGCUGGCCGCCGGCCUGCUGGCGCUCCUGCUCGCCGUCCCCGGCAUGCACGUGGUCAACAGCUGCGUGGGCCGGCGGUGCAAGCGGGUGAUGAAGAUGGCCGGGGGGGCGCUGUGCCUGGUCACCGGGGUCCUGGGGCUCGUCCCGGUGUCGUACAUCGCCCACCUCACCGUGCUGCGGUACUUCGAUGAGUCGUUGCCGGAGCUGCUGCCGCGUUGGGAGUUUGGGGACGCGCUGUUCUGCGGCUGGACGGCAGGUGUGCUGCACCUGGUGGCGGGAACCCUGCUGCUCACUUCCUGUUUGUGUCUGCAGAAGGAAAACUGUAACUCACCCUCCCCCAUCCCUCUGGUCAGGGUGCAGCCUGGACGCCUCUCCAUCAGGACCAGGUCUGAGUACGUGUGA